AGCAGUGACGCGGGGCUGGAAUGUAAAUGUUUCUGGCGGAGAAGCAAAGCAAGCGGAGUCCCUCCUCUCGGGCGUUUGUGUCUAACAGAGUGAUCCCGGAGAGCGGGCAGAUCCCAGCGGCAAUGGAAGCGGAUGCAUCCGAUCAGAUCAAAUCUCGGCGAGUCGAUGAAAAAGAUCAGACCAGCGGCAGCCUUGGAUGUUGCGGUUGGGUCUUGGUAAUAUUGUCUUAUUUCUUCAUGGCCGUCAGCUUCCCCCUGUCCAUCUGGUUGUGCAUUAAGAUUGUCAAGGAGUAUGAGCGAGCUAUAAUAUUUAGACUUGGGCGCAUUCUGGCAGGAGGAGCUAAAGGACCAGGGCUAUUUUUUGUCUUGCCCUGUACUGACUCCUUUGUUAAAGUAGACAUGAGAACCAUUUCCUUUGACAUUCCACCUCAAGAGAUUCUCACCAAGGACUCCGUGACGAUCAGCGUUGAUGGAGUUGUUUAUUACCGCGUUCAGAAUGCAAUCCUUGCUGUUGCGAACAUCACGAAUGCAGACUCUGCUACCCGACUGUUGGCGCAGACCACGUUAAGAAACGUGCUUGGAACAAAGAAUCUGUCUCAGAUUCUGUCAGACCGUGAGGAAAUCGCACACAACAUGCAGACGACACUUGAUGUUGCAACAGAUGAAUGGGGCAUUAAGGUUGAGCGUGUGGAGAUCAAAGAUGUGAAGCUACCUGUCCAACUGCAGAGAGCAAUGGCAGCUGAGGCUGAAGCGUCGAGGGAGGCUAGAGCCAAGGUAAUUGCAGCCGAAGGGGAGAUGAACGCAUCCAGAGCGUUGAAAGAAGCUUCUAUUGUGAUCUCAGAAUCUCCAGCAGCCCUACAGCUUCGCUACCUGCAGACCCUCACCACUAUCGCUGCAGAGAAAAACUCCACCAUUGUAUUCCCUCUGCCAAUGGACCUGGUGCAAAACAUAAUGGGGGCAAAGAAGUGAUGUCACUGAACACCAGUCUCGACCACAGUUUCUACAUAUGUUUUCCAAUGACAGACAAUUUUGGUUAGAAUUACUUUUCAUUCUUUUUUCCACAUUGUAAUAAUAGCAAGCAAGGUUUUCGUUAGUGAUGGGUUAACAGCUAGACCUAUAAAAGAAGCGCCAUCGAAUAAUACUUCACUAUAUGUCAAUGCUUCCACUUCUGAACAAUUUGAUUGUAUUUGUUAAAGCAGUGAGUCACAGCGGAAUGUACACCAUGAAGGGCAAAUUCAUGGCAUGCAUGCACUAGUCUCGGAACAAACUGUUUUGUACAGUUCUGUCGUCGUAGCAUCAGCCUGAAUGUUUUUUAGCCAAACAUAAUGGCUUCACCAAUGAAACUCUAGAAAGCCAUAAUGUUUUCUGUCCGUUUACUAGCUUCAUUUAGCGCAGUGACAUAAAGAAGCCUUUGUCAAACUCUCACCUCAAUACGGCUACAAGCCUAGCAAAACCCAGUCCAGUUAAAUCAAACCAAUACUGUUUAACUUUGCAGUUUAGAAUCCUCAGGAGGACUUCUGCUUUGACGAAGGAUCUAAUUAUAUCAUGCCAUUCAACUUGUUAGACUCCAGUGUUUCUCGCCCCACCUAUACUCCUGUUUAUUUUAAACAAGCCUUUAAAUAUGCAACAUAUGUAAUUAGAAGACUUGUAUCACAUAUCAUUUUAUAUAAAUCCAUUUUAAUUUCUGUGAUUUGUACAGAGCUACUUGUUUUGAACUUUGAGAUGUUGAAAUUUUGUGCCCAUUUAUUGUGCCUGUACCAAUAUGUCAAAAGUCUGGAUCAAAAUGAGUGAAAUUUAAACCAUCACGCUCACCCGAGACCCUAAAAGUGAUCUACAACCUCAAUUUAGAACCCUGCUGCAGUCUGAAGGGCCGGUAUGUUUGGUGCGUUCAAUGUUAAGUAUUUCCAGUCUUUCUUAAAAAAAAGUUGUAGAGUGAAUAAUGAUCUGUAUCUCACAUCAUGUUCCUCACCCCCAGCCGUGAUGCUAAUGUGUAAUAGUUUGUCUAUUUAACCUCUCUGACAAAACUCAUUGCUGGUGGAUGACUACUUGCUCAGUAUUAAAUACAGUUGUGUGCCCCUCCGUUGACACUUUAGACUGGGCAAUUAUCAGCUCAGGCCUAAUGAGACACCCUCCAUGUGUAAAAAUUGGUUUCAUUCCAAAUUGCAACCGGCCCUCUCCACCAAUCUAAGUUUGUAGGAUUUCCUUCUUUUUAAACUAUGACUACACAUUUCUGACUCUUGCUUCAAGGAAAGUAACCUUUUUAAGUGGCCCCCAGCCAUCUACACAAGGUACAGCACUUAAACUGAAUAGGAUGAAUAAAUCACAUGUUUAGAUCAUUGCCCAUUAUACCUAUUUCUUAUUGGAUUGCUUUUAAUGAGGUAGUAAACAUCACAGACGUUAAAAAUUCCUAUCAGAUCUUUUGUAUCAAAGUCUCAAUUUUGUUGCUGAGUUCAUUGCGUUGUGAAUCAAUUGUUGGGUUAUCUUUGUGAGGAAAUCUGAAAGAAAUGUCACUCCAAGGGGUGCAUGAUGUCACCGUUCUGCCUGAGAGUUUUAUAGGGGGAAUGCUGCCUGUCUUAAUAUAUUGCCCAAGUGAGUCACUGAUAUCUAACUGUGGGGCAGUGCAUGGAGCAGAGUAAUUCCUGUCCUGAUUCGAUGGGGAGUGAAUGAAUCCUGGGCAGACUGUAGCAACGUUAUCACUGCAGAGUUCAAACCAGACUCUCCUUUAGAGGCUGGUGCCAUUAAUACCAUAAUUGUGACUGUUGUCUCUGUGCCCUGGGAAAUGUGUUGUCUCGCAGUGCUCAGCAAAUACCAGACCAAACAACGACCAAACACCCAGGCUCAUUUUUGAGGGGGCAGUGGGUGUCGUUGGUACAGUAGAGCUGUUUUGGUUCUUGGUCGUGCUUGGAAGGUUUAAAAUCUUGACCUGAUUGAAAAGAGUAAAUUGCUUCUUUUAAGAAACUCACUUAAUGGUUUCAUUCGAGAAGUGAAAUCUGUUUGAACCAUUUGUUAAUUAUAGUUUGUAAUGUUGCUGUAGAAACUUUGUGGUUUUAAUAAUUUGCUGUUCACUGACAGUAAACUGAGUUUCACUGUGAGACUUGUUACAUCAUUACACCAAAAAAAAAUCAUUAUUAAAAGCCUACUGCUUAAGUACCUGUAGUCCGAAUGAAUGUGCUUGUCAAUAGAGCCAUUGCAAAAUUAUUGCCGUCCCAAAUACCAAGGCUGGAGAAACAUGGACAUAAGCAAUAAGGGUAGAAAAGUACGCUCAUCAGUUCGGUAUAUGACAGUGAUGUUUUGGUGUACAUAUUUCAUCUGAGAAAUUGUCAAAUCACAUCAAAUUCAAUCAACUAUGUGUCAAUACCAUUUUUUUGUGCUAAUGGUCUGAAAUAGAUUCGAUUUGCAUUUGAUUAACUCUCUUCCGCUGAAGCUCAUUCAGCCAUGGUAAUGUGAUCAUAUAUGUGUCAAUGGGCAGUAAAUGUAUUGGCAGUGGGGGAAAUAAACAUUGGUACUGGAUGAGACAUUGUACGUAGUGCACUGUCACUUUGAACUUGAGUGCUGGUUAUGAGUGCAACCCAGACCAAAGUAAUCAAAGUAACUAGUUGUGUGUAACAUGAUUUGGAUCAUUUUGCUCUAAAUAGCAGUCUUGCUUCACUGUCUCCAAUGACCACUUAUCUUCCAUGUGGACUAAAUUACACUCGUAUCAUGGGAAAUGCUGCUUUUGAGAUGAAAAUUGGGCCAUGUCAUUGGAGCAGAGUGAAGGGAGCUUUGAACUGUAUCUGGCCAUACUGUACAUCUGUGAGCACAUAACCUUGGCAGAGAGAGUUGGCUUAUCCUUCACUAUGGAGAGUACAAAAACAAAACUUGGCCAGAACAAAUUUCUGGAAAUUACUUUUACGUAGUUGCCUUGUUACUGUUUGUGAUUCACUUAUUGCUGAGUCAGAAGCAGCCCACCACUGCAGAUGAAGUCUUUCUUCAGUCACUUAAAAUUGCCAAUUCGUUUUAUGUCUUUUAAAUCUAAAACCUACAGCCAGUUGGAAAUUGGGCCUGAGUCUGAAUUGGACAUGAGAACAAGAUACUUUUCAAGAAACCAAGACAGCCAGAAUAGAUUAGACUUGCCCCAGGUUGACCCAGGCAGGGUUUUGGAGGCCUUACAACUCAUUGCAGUGUACUGUAUAAUUUUUCUGCUGAAGUUUGGGAAUGUAACAACUUAGAAUGUAUGCAAUAUGUAACAACCAAGGCAAUUGCUUAUCUUCCAGAAGUUAAUCUGCUUUUCUUUGAUCAUUUAUGAUUUUAAAAGCAUGUUCAAUAACUGGUGUAGUGUGCUUUUAUAUUUAAGCUUGCAGUGCAUUUAAUAAAUGUUAUUAAAUCAA